AUGGCAGCGGAGGGCGAUCUGGGGGAUCUCUUGGCCAAGGUGCUCCCCACCGAUGCCCAGAUCACCGUCCGUCAUGUUUCAUCCACACCCGCCCCUUCGGCGGCUCUGUUCGCAGCUGCGCCAGGACAAGAUACUGAGGCCACGUUUUGUGAGAACCAUUUUCUCUCGGUCUCAAUUGACUCUCAACAGGAUGACGGCGCCGAAGUCCUUGUCUUUGGCAUGGAGGUGAUGGUCUACAACACGGCCCACUUGACCACCAUCUUCGUCUCCAAAGCGGACUCGACGGGUUUCCUCCACCUCCUCAAGCUCCCUCGCAAGGUCUCUGUGCUACGCCUGGUUGCGAACACAUUUUUAUCUCAUCUGGCUCGUACGCAUCAGCGUCCUGGCGUACGCCUUGUGAUCUCUUUGUUCGCGCGUGCCCAGGACCAGUAUCUGUUCCCGGGCAGCAUCGAAAACGCCGGAAAGCAUGUCCUUGACGACCGAGGUCUUAUCAAAUGGUGGUGCCGGUCGGCAGACCUCAUCCUCCGUGAACAUGAGCCUGAGUCAGUUUCCCAGGAUUCCAAACAGCAAAGCCAAACGGGCGAAGCAGCGAAGGCCUCUGCGACCGCCUAUUUGAUUGUUCCAGGCUGUGACCGACUUGAAACGCGCAGCUUUUACCCUGCGACGGCCAAGUCAGACCCUCAGGAUCGUCCUCGAUGGCUGAAUAGCUACCCGCUUCAACAAAUGGUUCAUGAUCCAUCCGCUCCGCCGCGCUGCUUGAUUCCCCGGCUCCCAGAUGAUCCGAAGACUCGAUUCCUCAUCGAUUUAGACGACGAGCUCCCUGAGCCUGUCGAGGGCGAGAAUGCCUCUCCAGGUACGGGUCUGUGGCGGAGCGUCCGCUCUCUGGAUCAAUUCUGGGAGAUGAUGUCGUUCCGGCAGGAGUGCUCGGCUGGCCGCCUGGUCGGCUUCCUGUGGCUCGUUAUCAAUCCUCCAGGCCUAAUGAACUCAACAACGAUGGCAAGCCAGACCCGCGGCCCCGCAACUGCGCUGCCUACUCCCGCAAAUGCCGCCCCUUCGAAAACUUCUACCGAUGAUAAGUCGAUCGAGGACAUCUCGGAGCUGUCUAAAACAGAGGAGUCCCAGAAAGCGCUCGCCAAAAUUGUGACCGCCGAGAGCGUGCCCGAAAGUCAGGAACAACCCUCAUCUUUCGAUCACCCUCCGACAUCUCAGUUUACCAACCCUAGCCCUUUUUCAUGGCCCGAAGCUGGACGUGGACAGGUUGUUCUCAACGAGGCCGACUACAAAAGCAUGAUGGAUGGGAUCCUGGAUAACUUUUACGACGAAAAGGAGAUUGUCGCCAGUACCAAGGCCUAUAUUGAUCAGGUCGCCUCCCUUGCUGACGAGCUGACAUGGGGGAAGCGGGUCACGGGCACCCACUCCCCGGAAGAAUCCAAGACUGAGACUAUGGCUCCAAGAAACCUCCUUGACAGCGGUUUGAUUCGCAAGCGAAAGAAAUCGGAGGGUGAUAGUGGCAGUGGUGCAGCACAGCCGAGUGGGCCGGACGGCACGCAAUCCGCUCCGUCGCAACCGGCUGCUGCGAACGUGCUGAGUGCAGGCCUGGUACGGAAGAAGAAGAAGACUUGA